GGCGGCGCCGCCGCACAAAGGAGCGGCCGGGCGGGCCGGGCCGGGCCCCGCGGCGUCCCGGGCGCGGAGGGACUCUCCAGUGAAGCUCCCUAAAGUGAAAGCAGAGUUGCCCACCCUACAGCCUGGCCCGGUGCUGCCCAGCAGGUGCAACCACCUCUGCCCCAGGAGGUCCAGUCCACAUGCUCCUGACCAUACCUACGGAUGAGUUCAGCAGAUGGUGUUUCAAUCAUGCUUUAAGCUGUCAACCAGAAAACCCAGACCUCCUUCUGGAUGACCAAUGCGUAUUACAGCCAAUUCUAUUGGAAACUAGGUCUCCACCUUCCCAGUCAUUCCAGCUGGUAGCAACGCUUACAAUGCAAAAAGAUCACAAGUCAGGACCACACAAACACUGCUCUUAAAACUUUCUAGAUGAUCGUAGUUGCUUUGGUUGUGUUCUAUGCUAGCAGAAGCCUUUUCCAAGGUGUCCUGUUGGCGCUAGAGCACCACAUUCCCCACUUCCUGGGGGCUGGCAACAUGGGCAACUCCUGUGUUUGCCGCGAUGACAGCGGAGCAGAAGACAACGUGGAAUCUCGGAGCCAGCAAAGGGAGAACAGCAGAGCACGUGUUCCUGAAGCAAGGAGCCACCCAAGGGACCCUGUCCGUCCACCCAGGAGGGGUCGAGGGCCUCAUGAACCAAGAAGGAAAAAGCAGAAUGUGGAUGGGCUAGUGCUGGACACACUGGCUGUCAUUCGGACGUUGGUAGAUAAUGACCAGGAGCCUCCUUAUUCAAUGAUCACGUUGCAUGAAAUGGCAGAAACAGAUGAAGGCUGGUUGGAAGUUGUCCAGUCUUUAAUUAGAGUUAUUCCAUUAGAAGAUCCCCUGGGACCAGCUGUUAUAACACUGCUGCUUGACGAAUGCCCACUGCCAACAAAAGAUGCAUUGCAAAAGUUAACGGAAAUAUUAAACUUAAGUGGAGCUGCUGCCUGCCAGGAUGCUUGUCACCCUGCCAAACACCGGAACACCACGGCAGUGCUGGGCUGCCUGGCAGAGAAGUUGGCAGGUCCUGCAAGUAUAGGCUUGCUGAGCCCAGGGAUCUUGGAAUAUUUACUGCACAGCUUGAACUUCCAGUCCCACCCGACAGUGAUGCUCUUUGCACUAAUAGCCCUGGAGAAGUUUGCACAAACAAGUGAAAAUAAAAUGACUGUUUCUGAGUCGUGCAUUAGUGACCAACUGAUCUUGCUAGAGAAGUGGACAGAUAACCCAGACUAUUUAAAACGCCAGGUUGGAUUCUGUGCCCAGUGGAGCUUAGACAAUCUGUUUUUAAAAGAAGGGAGGCAGUUUACAUAUGAGAAGGUUGACUUGACCAACAUUAGGGCUAUGCUGAACAGCAACGAUGUCAGCGAAUACCUGAAGAUCUCACCCCAUGGGUUAGAGGCUCGAUGUGAUGCCUCCUCCUUUGAGAGCGUCAGGUGCACGUUCUGUGUGGACUCUGGGGUCUGGUACUAUGAAGUGACUGUCAUUACCUCAGGAGUGAUGCAGAUAGGCUGGGCCACCAAAGACAGCAAGUUUCUCAAUCAUGAAGGUUACGGCAUCGGGGACGACGAGUACUCCUGUGCGUACGACGGCUGCCGGCAGCUCAUCUGGUAUAAUGCCAGAAGUAAACCACAUUCCCACCCCUGCUGGAAAGAAGGAGACACAAUAGGAUUUCUACUAGAUUUGCAAGAAAAGCAAAUGAUCUUCUAUUUAAAUGGAAACCAGCUUCCUGCUGAGAAGCAAGUCUUUUCAUCUGCUGUAUCUGGCUUUUUUGCUGCAGCUAGUUUCAUGUCCUAUCAACAAUGUGAGUUCAACUUUGGGGCAAAACCUUUCAAGUACCCACCACCAAUGAAGUUUAGUACCUUUAAUGAUUAUGCCUUUCUGACAGCAGAAGAGAAAAUCAUUUUGCCCAGACACAGGCGCCUGGCUCUGCUGAAGCAAGUGAGCAUCCGGGAGAACUGCUGCACACUCUGCUGUGAUGAGGUAGCAGACACAGAGCUCAGGCCAUGUGGACACAGUGACCUGUGCAUGGAGUGUGCCUUGCAACUGGAGACCUGCCCCUUGUGUCGACAGGAAAUACAAACCCGAGUCAGACAGAUCUCUCACAUUUCAUGACACACGUGGAGAGACACCACAGACUUGUUUGUGGAGAACUCCAAGCCAUGCUGAAAGGGGAAAGCAUCUCUACCCAACCUUAACGCACAUCGAACCACAGCCAGAUGUCCUGCUCAGCUGCACAUCUGUUCCUCUUCCUAAAGGAAUCUUCAAUAAGCUCUUUCAAGCUGCCAGCCAUGGGAGCUGGUUUCAACAGUGAGGAGAGCUGGGAGAGCUCAGCGUGCUCCUGGCUAUUGGUUCCUGCAGGCAAGACCAGAGGAGAGUUUCUCUCUCCUUCCCCUUUUCCUUCUCCCCUGUUGCAAGUGCUGAAAAAAUUUGCACUGGAAGGACCACGUACGAUGCGUUUGAAAAGCGAAACAUGUCUCCUAAACCAGGGCUGUUCUGUCUCCUGCUCAGAAGUCUCUAUUUUUGGUCAGGGCUAAAAAGAGAAUGCCAAUGUUUUCCUGUUAAAUGUAGCUCCUGCUGGUCAGAGACUGUGUUUUCCAACAGUGGAUGUUAAACACGGACCGAGUUGAAAAGCCCCUGUGGAGACUGUAGAGAAACUCACGUUUUAAUAACUUGGUGAUUCCAAAGAAUGUUCUGAUUUUGUUUUUAAACGUUAAAAGAUGGGUGGUAUUUUCAAGUACAUGACGUUUCUGAUGCUUUUAACUUCAGUACCCACAUUUUUUUGUGAGGCUAUAAUUUUCAGGAAGUCUUCUUAACUAAUUAUAACGCUGGACUGGAAUUAAUUUGAUAUUCUGGGUAUUUUUUAAGGUAUCAUUGAACUUCUUUUUUAAUCAGUGUUGCUUCAGAAAGUUAUGUUCACUUAGGAAAUGUUGAGCUAUCUUAAAAGAUUGGAGAAGAAUUUGGGGCCAGUUUAUUUAAAGAAACUUUAUUUGGAUAGCAACUUCAGUCUUCUUCUGUAGCUCUUGAAAAAAGCACCUUGCUUGCCACGUGUCACUCCUGCUCCAAGCAGGUUUGGGGCCACACUUCAUGUUUUUUGGUAGGGAUCACACAGUGGGAAUCUCUGCUCCAGUUUAAUCACACAUUUGUGACCCACGUUUGUUAAGGAUGCAGUUCAGCAGGCAGCUUUUGGGCUGGUUUACCAGGUUUCUCCAAGGGUUCACAGCGGGUGUCAGUGAAGUAGCACAAGAGUGUGUGCAGUGAUGCUUGUUUUGGAAUGACUCUUCCAAGAUGUGCACAGGUUGCUUUUUUUUUUUUUUUUUUUAAAUUAUCUGCCUAAUAAUUUCCUCAUUGACACACAACUUGCACCAAACCCAUCCCACUUCUUGGCACUGAUCCCACAGCAGAGGCUGUUGUAGUGACUUCUCGAGCUGUGAUGCAUCUGAUUUUAAAAAUCAUUCCUUACCUUGAUUGUGCUGAGGCUGCUUCUCCCUGCUGAGCACUCCUGCUUCCUGCUGACCUAGCCAGGAGCUGAGAGCUCUACACAGGUCACACCACCAAGCUCUCUAGCACCUCCUUUCACCUUCUGCCUUUGCUAACUCGAGGGUGCUGGGUUUCAUCCAGAGAUUUUUUAAUUUAUUUUUUUUUUAAAGGAAAAAAAAAAGUUUCCAUUGGCCCUCUGGAGUACAAUGUGUGAACUAGGAAAAUUCUGUCCAUCAUUUUCGUGUUAGACUGAGUCCACAACUGGAGAGCUGCUCAGGCUUUUUGCUACAGUGUGAAUUCUCUUCCACCUUGGAUGCCUGUUUGGCUCAAGUCAGGCAAACCUGCACCACCCUGCACCUCCUCCCUGACUGGGAGGUUGCCGGUCGGGGCUGAGUCCCUCCCUGCUGGGGGCUGGGGGAGCAAACAUGCACACACACCAUCACUGCCACUAGGAUCUUAGAAUUUCAGAAUCACUUGAAGUUUUAAAUGCUUCCACAUGCAAUGAUUGGGCUUUAUCCCUAAGGUCCAAAGACACUGUAGGGAGGAGGUGGGACAGAAACCUUUUUUAACUCUGCCUUAAUAGAUUCUAGUAACUUCAGGGCUUUGGUUUAUUUCCCCAGCCAGGAUUAACUGAGGUAAAAUUUUCAGAAGUGCCUGGGACUCCUGAUCUGUAUCAACUGCUGGAUGAGAUUAAGCUCUUAGGGCCGGGGUCCACAAAGGCUUCUAGGAGUCUCCUGGCCCCUUGACAUGGAGGUCACCUUGCUGCCUUUGUGGACGUGGGACUAAAUGCCUGUGCUCUUUGUUGGGAAGAGGGGAAUGCUUUGGAAAAUUUUGCCCCAGACAGUCUUCCAUGCAGCUUGGUGCUGGGCAGGGGAAGCCAACGGUGCUGGAGGGGGGAGCUGUGGUGCAGAGAACUGUCCUGUUCAUUUCACAAAGGGAAAGACUGUGCGACUCGACUGGCUUUCCACGGGGGGGCAUCUUUGUAAGGCUGGACCCGCCAGCGCUGGGGCAGCGCUGCCCUCCCUGCACGCUCGGGGCGGGGGAGGCGGCGGCUCCGCAGGCGCUGGGAAGGGGGAACGGAUUGCAGCCCAGUUGUCCAUUCAACAAUAAAAACAUCUUGAAGGCUA